CUCGCGCGCAAUUAUAUCUGUCAAAAAUUGUUUAUUGUUAGGUUACAAAUUGGGAAAUCUAACUAAAAAUGGAUCUUUUUAUAUCAAAAUUGUGUUUCUAAGAUAGUAGAGCAAAAUGUUACAAACUUGUGAGUCAUCAUUUUUCGGUUCUAGUUUCGAAUAAGAAACCUACUGGAUUUGCACUGAGCUGUCAAAAAUUACGCGAAUAUUUUGUGUUACGGGGGAAUUUACAGAAUGUUCUCACACAAUGUAUGAAGAUGAUAACAUUACCUGUACACCAAAGCGUUACGCACUUUCAGAAGUGACAAAUUCUACUAACUAUGUGUCGCCGACAGCUAACCUCAAGUUGCUAACGAGUGUAGCGUUGCAGGAGAAUGAUCUUGUGAGUUACAGCAAUGUGCCACAAUAUCCAACCCCGCCACCAAGUGCAGUGCACAGGAAGGAAAAGUCACUACAAAUUUUGUGCGACAGGUUCCUGGAAAUGUACCCCCUACAUGGAAAUGGGACUGUUGAAAUCCAGUUGGACAGCACUGCAGCCCGAUUGGGCGUUGAGAAAAGGAGAAUGUAUGACAUUAUAAAUAUUUUGGAAGCAAUCCAAUGUGCUGUGCACAAAAGGAAAAACACAUACCUAUGGUAUGGAGGAUCAAGACUGAACUCCUUCUUGAAGAUGCUGAAGAAAAAAGGAGAAAACCUGAAACUGUCAGACGCUCUACGAGGACGUGCUCCGAAGCCGCCGGCUCCCAAACACAAGACCCUGGGGGUCAUGGCACAAAGGUUUCUGAUGCUGUUUUUAGUUGAACCACCUAACAAAUUAAUUAAUUUAGAAAUGGCUGUGAGGGUGUUAAUUGACACGAACAACAAAAACAAAGCUGCUCUCUCACCGGAACAGCAGGACCGCCAACACAAGUCUAAGGUCAGAAGGCUUUACGAUAUUGCCAAUGUAUUUAUUUCAGUUGGAUUAAUUGAAAAAGUUUCCGGUAAUAAUACUAUACUGAAAAAACCUGUCUUCAAAUAUGCAGGCCCUAUUACUGAUAAUGUUAUAAUGACUCCCCCAAUCACACCUCUUACUGUGUUUGAAGAACAACAAACGCCUAUUUGCCAUGUGUUUGCCGGAAAGUCAAAACGCAAAUUGGAGUUUCCAACUCCAACAAGUGUCAAAGAACGGAAACUAAGUGUCGGUUCCCCACCAAACACACCGUCGCAAAAGUGGGAUGAAAUAUUACUUGUAGCUGACAUGGAACUGAAUAAAAUUAACAAUCACAAUGUGUUGUGAUUUCGUAAUUAUAGUGUAUGGUUUAAUAUUUAAACAUACUUUUUAAUACCAUUGUCUUCCAGGGGGCAUAAUAAUGUUAUAGAGAUAUUAUAUGACUGCUACUGAAAUUAUUGCUGUAUCUUGAUAUUAUCCUUACAACGUUGAUAUUAUUUUGCUUUUAUUUAUCAAUACUGCUAUUAAUCUUUAUGCAAGUUUUUGAUUGAGACUGUGAGAAGUCAUUUAUUAAUGAAAACUUUAAUCAAGCCUUUGCAAGGAUAAUAACAGAUAUGUAAUAAAAUGUUCCUACAUAGUUUUUUAUACUAUUGUUGCUCAGAAUUUUAUAAAUUAUAUCUUUGUCACAGACAUUUUAGUGCAAUGAAGAAAUCAUUAUUUAAAUAAUGUUUUUAUAUGUACGUAAUAGAAUAUUUUUAAUAUACAUAAGCAAAAUUUAUUAAUUUACUAGACAUUGAAAUAAAGAUGAAUAUUUAUAGUUUAAUACAGACAUUAUAGAAUUCAGGGUGAUUAUGGAAGUUGAAGACCAAAUUAGUAAAUAUAUUGAUAACAAUGAUUUGUGCGUCUGCGCCAAAUAGACUCGGUAAUUUUUAGUCAAAUAGGUAAGAUAUAAAAAUGGGAUCCCUUCAUAACAUAGAAUGUCACGACAGCGAAAACGCUGCGUUGAAAGUUCAUCAAACCGAUGGUUCGCCACAUCGAACGUCACGUCAGCGAAUGUCUCGAUGUCGAACCAUCACUACAUCGAAUAGAUCUAAGUCUUGACAUCGAAAUUGUGUAGUGGUUUUUUUGUAUUAUCAAAGUGUAGCCUUCGAUAUCAAAACAUUCGCUGUGUUAACCAUUCGACGCUGUUAUGGUUCGACAUCGAAAAUUCGAGACAUUCGAUGUAGCGCACCAUCGCACAGUGGAACGUUUUAUACAAGGUAGACGUUCUAUUCUAUGUUGUUUUAAGUAUUUGUUUUUAAUGAUUUCCUAGUAAAGUAUAUCAUUAUAGGUAAGUUAUUGUCGUAGAUUCACAAUAAUUUAGUAACUCUAUUAGGGCUUAUUAGCUAAUGAUGCGAUAGAAUAAAUGAGAGAUUAGUGAUAAAUAGUCUAACUUCUAAAUAAUAUGACAUUUCGAGUAAUUUGAAAGUACCUUUUAAUUAUUUUUGACUAGGGUAAUGAGAAGAAAUAAAAAUAUAUGUAUUUGAUGAAAAUAAUUUAAUGUUCAUUUGCAAAAAUAAGAAAUAAUCAACUUAAAUUAUUUGACUAAAACCUAACUAGUAUAACAAAAAAAACUCCUUAAAACUUUAAUUCUAAUUAUUUCUAGUUAACUUAGUGCCUAUAAAGCAAGAGUGCUUCCUCACGUGAGUACUAACGCUGCGACUUCAAAAGUUCCGCUUUCCUCAAACGUUUUGCCUCCUCUGGAGACUCGGAAACUGCCUUAAUGUAGUCUGCCGCAGUGCGGGAACCACUUGCACGGGUGGCCAUAAUAAAUUUGUGCAGCAAAGGACAGUUGGGAAGGCCCGUGCGAGGAGAAGUGGUCCUUGACUCUUUGGCGUUUUUCGUCAUCACUGCACUCGAGAAAAGCCUUUUGAAGGCUUCCACCAGGUCUAGCGCCUACAGAUUCUUCGUCUUCCGAAGAGAACUCUUCGUCGUCUCCCAAAAAGUCAAACUUGAAAUAUUCUGUUUCAAGCCAGUCUUUAUAUCUGAGUAGGAACCUGGUAAAAGAAAAUACGAAUAUGAGUUAUCUAAUAAAUAAAAAAAUGCAAUGGCACAUUAAGUAUUUACUGAACAAUUGAUUUUCAAUUAUGUAAAUAGUAAAUAGUGCUUCUUAGUCACCUUUCUUUGUCGGAUCCCGCUGACUUCCAUUUUUCCUCAAUUUUCAAUGAAUAAUGUCUUAUUUUCGACUUCAGUCGAUUUACAAUGCAGUACUCAUGUCUUGACACAAUAGAUUUAGACAUAACAAACUGCAGAAUCCUUUCAUUUCGCUCCGUCUGGCUUACAGAAGCCCAAACUUCAAAUAGAUCCUUCAUGGAAAUCGAGACUAUUUGUCCUGAAACAUGAAAAACAAUGUUGUAAACUCGUGCGAAGUCUACUAAUAACUGAUUUUAAAUGAAGAGGGUUAGAGCUUUAAGAUAAAACUAGUGUUAUAUAUCGUUUCAUCCACGAAGACGCGCCCCACUUUUCUUCCGCUAAUGUUUGAGUGUUAUCGGUACACGCUAAAUUAUCCAUAAGUGCACACACACACUACAAUAAUGACGCUCGGAUUGCUCGGAUCAAACUCCCCGCACCCCGCGCUUCCCUCGGCCAAAAAUUGGUGGGGCGCGUCUUCGUGGAUGAACGAUCUAAACAAAGGUGUUACUCAAUUGUAGAUAUUUGUUAAAGUUAAGGAUUGGGAUUUUUUCAAGUAUGCAAUAGGCGAAAUUCAUUUUUUUUUCUCGAGAACAAAAGCUAGUCCAAAUCUACAAAUUCAAUAAAUAACAAGUGUCAAGUACAUACCUUCAUUAAUAUUCUGCAUUUUUUCUUUUACACUCACACUUACGACUUAUAAAAAUAGAUCACACAACGACGCAAAAUUGCGAAUAGAAUUAUUUUUUCAUGUUACUUGCCUUUUAUACAUUUCUACCCUUAUUACUAAUGGGGUAGAUAAUUACUAAUGGGAUAAUUCAUCGGUAAUAGCACAGAUAACAUAAUGGUAUUUUUGAGGUCCCUGUUAGGGUUGCCAGGCGUCCGGCUUUGGCCGGACAUGUUUGGCUUUUUAGGGUCUUGUCCGGCCAAAUAUUGCCUUGUCCGGCCUGUCCGGCUUUUGUUAGGCUUUUUAUUUGGUUGCCGCGCCAGGCGAAAGUCGAGCCACAGAAUCAUAUGAAGCGCACGCAUCAGGAUGUUGGUUAGCAACCGAUGAUGAUAGUACUCACUCAUGAGCUGACACUAAUUGCAGCCCCCCCCCCCCCCCC